AUGAAGCGCAAGCGCGCCUCGUCGCCUGCGCCGUCGGGCCCUGUCACGCUCCGGCCGCCGGGCUUCGUAGCUGACAGGGCGGAGGCGGCGGCCCGCGUGGAGCGGCUUCUUCGCUACGAGUUCCACGACCGCUCCCUGCUCGAGGAGGCGCUCACCCACCAGUCCUUCGCCGCGGCCUCGUACCAGAGGCUCGAGUUCGUCGGGGACGCGGCGCUCGGCCUCGCCUUCUCUAACUUCCUCUACCUCACCAACCCCACCGUCGGCCCCGGCGCGCUCUCCACGCUCCGGGCCGCCAACAUCAACACCGAGAAGCUGGCGCGCGUCGCCGUGCGCCACGACCUCUACCCGCUGCUCCGACGCAACUGUCCUCGCCUCGAUCUCUUGGCAGGGCAGUUUAUUGAGUCGGUGAAAGAAGAGUUAGAGGAUGACCUUGGCACUACGCCCUAUGGUGGCAGUGAUGUUAAGGCUCCCAAGGUGCUUGCUGAUAUAGUUGAGGCCAUUGCUGCCGCUGUCUAUGUGGAUUGCAAACUUAAUCUUGAGAAGCUCUGGAAGGUAACAAGGUUCCUCUUUGAGCCCAUUAUCACGGCAGAAACAAUAGAUGAGCAACCUGUUUCUAUGUUGCAUGAACUGUGCCAGAAACAUGGGAAGGAUCUAGAAUUCAAGCCUCGGCAGAAGGGUGGAACAACGGUUGUAGAUGUAAUUGUUGGUGGGGCACUUGUUGGGAUGGGCUCCUCAAAGCAUAUGGGAAUCGCUAAGCUCAAUGCCACACGGGAUGUAUUAAGCAAGCUUCUUGGUGGAGGCAGUCAGCAAGUGUUGACAACUGGAGUUGGCCAUGGAGAGGGGCAUGAGGUUGGAGAGCUU